GGUUUUGUGCUGCAGCUCCCAGUGUGAACUGGUUUUGUGCUGCAGGUCCCAGUGUGAACUGGUUUUGUGCUGCAGGUUCUAGUCUGAACUGGUUUUGUGCUGCAGGUCCCAGUGUGAACUGGUUUUGUGCUGCAGSUYCCAGUCUGAACUGGUUUUGUGCUGCAGGUUCCAGUGAAAGUGCUGUUUGCUCACAGCGAUGACGUCACCGCAGCCCGGUUCUGCUGUGGCGACCGCAGCAUCCUGAGCUGCUCGUUGGACGGCAGCGCCAUCCUCUGGGAUGUGGACAGCGGCCGGCCUCUGAGGCUGUUUGCUGGAGUUCACAGCAGAACAGUCACUGAGUGUGCUCUGAUCCCGAACAGCAACAGCGUCAGGAUGGUGACGGUGUCCUGGGACAGGAAGAUGGUGGCCUGGGACCUGGAGACGGGACGUGUCCUGUGGGAGACGGAGUUGGACGGCCUGCUGACGUCCUGCAGCUGCUCGUCUGACGGCCGGCUACUGGUCUGCGCCGCCGAGCCUCAGGAGACCGUCUACGUCUGCGCCGCCUCCGGUGGCCAGACGUUGCAUCGCAUCAGCAACCACCACCACUCCACCAUCACACGGGUCCGAUUCGACACUCCUGGCCAGCGGGUGGCGUCGGUGUCCGCAGACCGGACCAUCAAGCUGUGGGACCUGCAGGCCGAGAGGACGACCAUGUCCAUCAGCAGUAACCAUAGCAACGUGAUUUCCAGCUGCUGCUUCAACGGCAACGGGCACUUCCUGUGCACGGCAUCGUGGGAUAAGACGCUGAAGCUGUGGGACCUUCAGGGGGGGCAGUUCCGGUCCCAUGGCGGCACGACGCUGGAGCGCGGCCAUGAGGGCAGCGUGAGCUGCUGCGACCUGUCUGCUGACGGACGGCAGCGUCCGGCUGUGGGACGUGCAGAACGUGGAGCAGAUCCCCGAGGUGAUGCAGAUCAAAAGCGGAGAGGGAACCGGGAUCCAGAUCCUGAAGUGUGAAGAGUGUGGAAGGCCGUUCCCGGUGUGCAGACUGCUGACCUCUGACCUGCUGACGCGCUGCGUCUUCUGCCGCCUCAAAGCUCCGCCCACGUUCCGCCUCCAGCUGCCGCUGUCACCCUGCCCGUCUCCUCUGAUUGGUGGAGAGCGCAGCGACGUCUGAUGGGUCCGGGCAUGUCACAUGAUGCGUUACCAUGGUUACGAAGCCUUCAGAACCGCUCCUCUGAUCACAUGAUGAUGCUGUGUCACAUGACCCAUUCAAUCCUUUUUCUCUGAACUUUGACCUUUGACCUGCUGUUCUGUUCAGGUUUAAAUUUGAACAUUUUUCUAAUUUACAUCGUU